GAAGGGUCACCCUCAAAGGGCUGCUUGCUCAUCUGCCCGGGGACUCAGAACAUACAUGACUCAUGUCAUUUGGGCUCAGACAAGCGCAUCCCCAGGAAGCCCCAGGAUCCUGGCACUACUAGGGGUACACUGAGCCCCUGAUGUCCCUAACCCUUUACCAGCACCCCCUGGCCCCACAGAAGCAGGCAACAUGCCUAUCUCCAAGUGCUGGAAGAAGUCGGAGCCCCUGUGGAAGGGAUGGGACCGGAAGGCCCAGAAGAACGGACUGAGACACCAGGUGUACUCGGUCAAUGGUGACUGCUAUGUGGGCGAGUGGAAGGACAACAUGAAGCAUGGAAAAGGAACACACAUCUGGAAGAAGAAAGGAGCCAUCUAUGAGGGAGACUGGAAGUUUGGGAAGCGAGAUGGCUAUGGCACCCUCAGCUUUCCUGACCAAGAGAUGGGAAAGCCCAGGAAAGUAUACUCUGGCUGGUGGAAAGAUGAUAAAAAAUCGGGCUAUGGGAUUCAGUUUUUCGGACCCAAGGAUUAUUACGAGGGUGAGUGGUGUGGCAACCAGCGCAGCGGAUGGGGCCGCAUGUACUACAGCAACGGCGACAUCUACGAGGGCCAGUGGUUGAACGACAAGCCGCAUGGGGAGGGCAUGUUGCGUCAGAAGAACGGGAACCGCUACGAGGGUUACUGGGAGAGAGGCAUGAAGAAUGGGCCAGGCCGUUUCUUCCACCUGGACCACGGUCAGCUGUUUGAAGGCUUCUGGGUGGACGACGUGGCCAAGUGUGGCACCAUGAUUGACUUUGGACGUGAUGAGGCACCCGAGCCCACCCAGUUCCCCAUUCCUAAGAUCAAAAUUCUGGACCCUGAUGGCGUGCUGGAGGAAGCCAUGGCCACGUUCAGGAAGACAGAGGAAGAAGACUGAUGCCAGGGAACACACCAGAGCUUUCUGGAGAAAUUCAAGUCCGUCACCCAACUGCUCAAACCGGUGCAGCUUCUGCAGAAGGAGCGAGUGGUGACUCGGGGCACAUCCUUGGCACCCUCAGAGGGCACCUCACUCCUCCCAGCACUGGGUAACCCUCUCCCCAGCUGGCUUUCGGGGCCCUCUUGUUACAGCCUUCAUUCUCGGUCACCAUUCCUGAGAGCAGGAGUAUAAAGGAGAACCCAGUGGCAUGGGCCCAGGGCUUGUGCUGUGUGAUUGGGACGGAAGGGGUGCAGCUCUGGGAGGGACUUCAGGUGAAGAGGGAAGACGUCCCUGCGGGCUGCAUAGAUUUCCCCUGGGGGAGAAAGAGGAGAAGAGCCUCUGGUCACAGUGGCCACUGAGAUUUGGGGUGGAGAGCCGACCUGGCUUCUCAGCCUAACACAGGAGUGCUCGACCUUGGGAUCCAGUGGGAGCUUUACAAGCCACAGACAUCCAGGUCCCAUGCCCAGACUCUCGUCUGUCUGGGAUGAAUGAGGCCUGGGCCUUCAGAAAUUUCCCCAGACGAUACUAAUGUGCAACUGCAUCUAGAACCCCUGAUUUACUUUGUGACCCUAAGCAAGUGACCUUAGUUGCCCCAUCUGUAAAAUGGCACUUAGGAGAUCUCACAGGGGUGUUUUUGAGGAUUUGGUGACAGAUAUAAUAACAACAAGUAACAUGUAUUGAGGUUAAUUGUGAAGCAGAGAUCUGGAAGAGCUUUGCAUAAUUCCAGACAACAUUCUUCAAGAUAAAAGAGACUCUUACAUAAUGGGUAGGAAUCUGAGUCAGGCUGCCUGGGUGUGAAUCCCAGCAGUGAUUUAGGAGCUGUGUGUUCUCCGAUAGGGCACCCAACCUCUCUGUUCUCUAGGUUUCCUCCCCUCAAAUACGGGGCAGUCGCGGUCCUUGCCACCCAGGUUACUGUGGUUAACAUGAACAUGAAAUAAGACGUGUUCCUAAUGCAAGACAUUCUGUCUCCCCUGCCUCCCCGGGGACAUUCGGCGAUGUCUGAAGACAUUUCUGGUUGUCACAACCAGCAGGGAAAAACUUCACUGGCAGCUGGUGGGUAGCAGUUAAGGAUCCUACAAAGCACACGCUAAUGGAAACACUCUUCUACUGCGUUUUUCAGCCCAAUGACUGAAGCGUAACCCUGUAAUUCCAAGAUGUUCACUAAGGCCUCGGCACGUGCCGGGCACACAGUAAAGGCUCCAUAAACCCCGACACGAUUUCCUGUCUGCCUCCGAAAUCAUAAGCGGGGUGGCCUGACCCCAAGGUAUGGCUCUGUCUAGACCUCUCACGCCAGGAAGCUGAGCCUGGCCCACUGGGGACACAGACCGUUCACUUGGUGCCAGGCCCUGUGCCCAGAAUUUCACCCGCCACCACCCUCCCCUCCACGACCCCGCAGCUUCUGAGGCUGUCCUGCUAUUAUCACCCUUUUAGAGGGGGAAGCGGGUUCUGGGAGGCUCCCGAGUCACAAAGCGAGAAAGUAACUGUGCUUAAACAUAAAUUACCCACUGUUAACGGACAGAACAGAGCAUAGGGAAGGAUACCUUUUUUCUUUCUCCCCCCAGAAAAAGUAGGGUGUUUCUUGUUUAUGAAAUCUCCCUAGAUGGGGACACAAAAUACUGGCAACAACGGAUGCCACGGGAGAGAAUCGGGAACCUGGGAACAGGGGAGGGCGGGAGACUUUCUCACUGUUGUAUUUGGAACCUGUGAAUGUAUUUGUGUCUGAAAUACAAAGAAAACUGAAAUUAAAGAGAGAGUGUCCUUUAACUACUGUGCUUCCCUGAGCUGCCUAGGUUUGAGUACCCCGGGGUAUUAAAAACAGAUUCUAGGGGCGCCUGAGUGGCUCAGUGGGUUAAGCCUCUG